CUGACACUUUAUUCUUUGAUCUUCUCAGCUGGUGACGGGAGUAUGGGAAGGAGGAUACAAUUUCUUCUGUCAGGAUACGCACAGUGGAGGAGAAGCUGAUAUGAAGAUCAUACGUGUCCUCUGGUGGUACUAUUUCUCCAAACUCAUUGAGUUCAUGGAUACCUUCUUUUUCAUUUUGCGGAAAAAUAAUCAUCAGAUCACUGUUCUGCACGUCUACCACCAUGCAACGAUGCUGAACAUCUGGUGGUUUGUUAUGAACUGGGUGCCUUGUGGUCACUCUUACUUUGGUGCCACACUGAACAGCUUUAUCCAUGUCCUCAUGUACUCCUACUACGGAUUGUCUGCUGUUCCAGCAAUGCGUCCUUAUCUGUGGUGGAAGAAGUACAUCACUCAGGGGCAGCUGACUCAGUUUGUCCUGACAAUCUUCCAGACCAGCUGUGGUGUUGUUUGGCCAUGUGCGUUUCCUCAGGGGUGGCUGUAUUUCCAGAUUUCUUAUAUGAUUUCUUUGAUUAUCCUCUUCACAAAUUUCUAUAUUCAGACUUACAACAAGAAGGCAUCCUCGAGGAGGAAAGAGUAUCUGAACGGCUCUACGGCCACUGUGAAUGGGUACACAAACAGCUUUUCUUCCCUUGAGAACAAUGUGAAACAAAGGAAACAAAGGAAGGAUUGAAGACCAAACUGAAAAACCAUUUUGAUAACCCCAACAACGAAAUCAUCUGAUUGUAAGCACAAUAAGAGUUGUGCACUAAUACUCUAAUGGCUACUGUAACUAUUCCUGCCUAGAAUAGUGUGAUUUAUGUAGGACUUAACCAGUGCAAACACCCUAGAAACUGUAUACAGAACAUAAAAGUAGGUUGAAGUUUUAAAAUAAUUCUGGGCUGUCACUGACCCCGCUAUAGACUGUGGGAGGGAGUAUUAUCGUAGUAUCUGACACUGCUGUUGCCUUACUAGUCAAUAAGAUAGGUGCUGAAUUAUGAGUCACAAUUUGAAAACACUGUAAUCUAAACCUCCAUUUUUUUUACUGUAGAUCAUGCAUGUGAUUGUAGAGGUAAUUUGUACGAUGCUGGUUUCAGUAGAUAAACACACAUGCCUUAAAUUAAAAAGCAGGGCCCAAAGCUUAUUACUGGUUUAAAAAUUGGGUUAUGUUUCAACUUUUCCGUUGACUGACUUUUUAUGAAGAAGUCAUUUAGAAGAAUCCAUUGAUCAUUUUACUGUCCUGUGUGUGAUACACGGUGUUACGUAUCUCUUACGCGAUACAGUGGAAUCGGAAAUGGCGGGUUUAGUUUUGUAUAUUUGGCUUUAACUGACUAAACAGUCACGAACCAGAUGGAAAAGUUAUUUUACCUUUUUAAUAGAUCUUAUUUUUUUAUUUGAAGUAUGUCACUAAUGUACAAUUAAUUGGCGCUUACACAGUCCAGUAAGACUUAAAUAUUGUCUCUAGGUUUGGAGUAUAUACAGGGUGGACCCAUCUUUUCUAUUUUUUUUUUCUUUUUUCCUUAUUUCUGAGAAUAAUGCUAAAUGAAGAGUGGUUUUUAAUAUGGAAACUGGCAGAAUUUCAAGUAUUAUUACCAUAGCCAUAUCCACAUUUUGGGAGCUACUGUUUAAGCCUGUGACUUGUCCGGAAGUGUAUUUAAAAAAAGAAGACAGAAAGAUGCUUUUCUGACAGAAUUGUCUGUAUUUAAGUUGGUAUCUGUACUGUUCUUCAUGCAGCAGCAUAUGUUCUUAUUUAAAACAUGCCUAACACAAAUGUGGUUUUUUUUCCCAAACAAGCAAAAUGAAGCAGUCAUAAGUCAUACCUAAAGUUUUUUAAAUGUUACUGAAAUGUGCUGGAAAUGUCUGUUUCUGUAAUGUGAGUUUGUGUGUAUCAUCGGUAACGUUUUGGAUUGUUAUCUGAGGAUUUGGUUUGAGUGCUUGUUAAAGUUGCUCCUUGUAAAAUCUUGCCUUGCACACAUGAGGAGUCCGUUGCAAAGCCACUACCUGUUGCUGGAAUUCUGGAGUCUGCCGUGGUGGAGUUUGGCUUAUGAGUAUUUUAUUCACUAAGCUCUGAAAAACUCAGUUGUGCAAGACACUCCGCUGGUCAUUGCUCGAGUUUAACUGUUUGGGUUUUGAUAUUUAUAUAAAUGCCAGUUUUGACAUGUUACUUUUUUUUUUUAAUUAAAUCUUUUUAAAACUUUUUGCACAUCUCUUAGGGAAUUAAUAAGUUCUCCUACUAGCCUUGUGGGUUUUCAUUCCUUGAUUUGAAGGAGACAGUGUCUGUUAUGUUUACAUUAUCAAAGCUUGUGCGUGUCUUCAUUUCUAGGUACUGGUUUGCAGAGUCUUUACAUAGCUCAGUACAGCAGCUAUAAUGUUCAAAAUAGGCUGUCUAAAUGUGCUAGAAAUAAACCCUUGGCUCAUCUGAAUAUACCCACAUUGUUAAUGUUUGACAUGGUUUAAUCAUUAAAACACUUUUGAUGAUCUCUGCCUG